GACAACUCAGAUGUCGAUGAUGCUUCUGAUCGAUUGGUUCUGAUAGAGAGGGAGGAGGGAUUGGGACAGAUGUUGGAGGCAGGCAGUUCUGAGGCCGUCCCUCAAGACCAGACAGCUGGGACAUUGUUGGAGCGUGGUGCCUCUGUGGAGACUCUCCAGCCGAAUUGCACUGAAGCCAGCAGCUUCGACACCAAUGUGCAGGGACUUGAAGCUGAUGACAGCUCCAAGCAAGCA